AUGAACGGCACUCACUCUCGCUCCCGCCCUGAGUAUUUCCCGGGUCACAUUGAGGACCCGUCGUACAUCCGCAUCGCGGACACCACCCUCCGCGAUGGCGAGCAGGCCCCCGGCGCCGCCAUGACUGCCGACCAGAAGCUGCGCAUCGCGCGGCAGCUGGCGAAGCUGGGAGUGGACAUCAUCGAGGCGGGGUUCCCCUCAGCGUCGCAGGAGGACUUCAAUGCAGUGAAGAUGAUAGCGCAAGAAGUUGGUCGUAACUGCGAUGGCGAUGAUGAUGGGUAUGUUCCUGUGAUUUCCGCAUUCUCCAGGUGCAAUGAAAAUGACAUCAGAUGUGCUUGGGAGGCUGUGAGGCACGCCAAGAGGCCGAGGCUUUUCACCUUCAUCGCAACCAGCCCCAUUCACAUGGAGUACAAGCUCAGAAAGACCAAAGACGAGGUCCUUCGUAUUGCUCGUGAAAUGGUCAACUUUGCACGCAGUUUGGGGUGUCGUGACAUCCAGUUCGGUGCUGAAGAUGCAACCAGAUCAGAUAGAGAGUUUCUCUAUGAAAUAUUUGGAGAAGCUAUAAAAGCUGGAGCAACAACAGUGGCCAUAGGUGACACUGUCGGCAUAACAAUGCCAUUCGAGUUGGGAAAAUUGGUUGCUGAUAUAAAAGCCAAUACCCCUGGAAUUCAAAAUGCUGUUAUUGCUGUUCACUGUCACAAUGAUCUUGGACAUGCUACUGCAAAUACAAUAGAGGGUGCUCGUGCUGGUGCAAGGCAAUUAGAAGUAACAAUUAAUGGAAUUGGUGAAAGGGCUGGUAAUUGUGCAUUAGAAGAGGUUGUGAUGGCCCUAAGAUGCAGGGGAGAUCAUAUUUUUGAUGGUCUAUAUACUGGAAUUAAUACAAAGCACAUAUUGAAGACCAGCAAGAUGGUUGAAGAGUUCUCUGGCAUGCAUUUACAACCACACAAAGCUCUCGUAGGUGCUAAUGCCUUUCUCCAUGAAAGUGGCAUUCAUCAGGCUGGAUUGUUAAAGCAUAGAAGUACAUAUGAAAUACUUUCUCCUGAAGAUAUUGGUUAUGAAAGGUCAAGUGGAGCUAAUAUGGUACUCGGGAAGCUAAGUGGACGCCAAGCUUUGAAAAAUCGACUUAAAGAGCUUGGCUAUGAACUGAAGGAGGAUGAAGUUGAGAGUGUAUUUCAAAACUUCAAAGCAAUGGCUGAGAAAAAAAAGAGAGUUACUGAUGCUGACCUUAAAGCAUUGGUAUCAUCUGAUAAAGUUUCUCAUGUAGAACAUAUUUGGAAGCUUGGUGGUUUGGAGGUGACUUGUGGAACAGUGAAUUUUUCAUCAACAACUAUCAAACUUGUUACAAUUGACGGUAGCACACACGUUGCUUGUUCUGUUGGAAAAGGACCAGUGGAUUCGGCUUACAAGGCUGUCGAUCUCAUUGUGAAGGAAGCUGUGAAAGUACUUGAGUACUCACUGAAUACAGUUACAGAAGGCACUGAUGCAAUUGCAACUACACAUGUUGUAAUUCGUAGAGAGAACAAGCAGUCACCUACUUCUACUUUAAAUGGAAACAUUGUUUAUCCAACAUUUAGUGGGAUUGGAGAAGGAGUGGAUGUUGUUGUUUCCAGUGUAGAGGCUUAUCUUAAUGCACUAAACCAAAUGCUUAACUUGAAGGAAUGA